AUGGCCUGGCAAAACGUUGGUAGUUUUGCCCAAAAAGUUUAUCGCCAGCUCUUAACUACAAGCCCUGAGGGGCGGUAUAAUUUAACCGUCGUGGCUAAAGUAGUAGUUGCCCUCUCGGGCGGAGUUGAUUCAGCCGUGGCCGCGUGGCUCUUGCUUAGGCAAGGUCACCAGGUCAGGGCCGUUUUUAUGCGUAACUGGGAUGAUUUUGCCAACCAAGUCAAGGUCAGUUCAUUUUCAAAGCCAAGUCAAAGUUGCCCCCAGGAAACCGAUUACCAAGACGCGCAGAGAGUGGCCCAAAAGCUGGGUAUUGAGCUCACACGAGUCGAUUUUGUGGAGCAGUACUACCAACAAGUUUUUCAAGAUUUGAUCGAUGGUUACCGCCGGGGCUACACACCUAACCCCGACGUCUGGUGCAACCGUUUAAUUAAAUUUGGAGCUCUUUGGCAGUGGAUUCGCCAAAACUGACCCGACCAACAGUUUUUGGCCACCGGUCAUUACGCUCGCAGUGAGCAGGGUAAACUUUACCGUCCGCUUGAUCAUAGUAAAGACCAAACUUAUUUCUUGGCUCAAACGAAAACCGAGCAACUAUCCCACGUGCUUUUUCCGCUCGCUGAUUUAACCAAGGACAAGGUGCGCCAGAUUGCCCGCGAAGUUGGUUUAGACGUGGCCAAUAAAAAAGACUCGACCGGAAUAUGCUUUGUCGGUAAACGCAAAUUUGCUCUCUUUUUAGAAAACUAUUUGCCAAGGCAAUCCGGACCGAUCGUCGAUUUAACUAGUUCAAAAAAAAUCGGUCAGCACCAGGGAGUUGUUUUUUACACCAUCGGCCAGCGCGAAGGACUUAAUCUAGGCGGUCAGUCUGAGCGCUACUACGUGGUGGGCAAAAACGUGGCUCAAAACAUUUUGUACGUAGCCCCGCUGAGCGAUCGGCAGUUUUUGCUUUCUCAGGCCGUCACACUUAAAAAGAUCAACUGGUUAGUGCCAGAUUAUCGUCCUAGCAAAGCGCUGGCUAAGUUUCGCUACCGCAGUCCGGGCGUAGAAGUUUCGCUGACUUGGCAAAAAGAUCAACUCCGGGUUGAUUACCCAGUUGGUCACUGGGCAGUCACUCCCGGCCAGCAGUGCGUUUUGUACGCUGAUUCGCUUUGUUUAGGUGGCGGAGUGAUUGACCAGGUUUUUGACCACCAAGGGCGCAAAAAUUACUUGCUCUAG